CAAAGCAGUAGAAGGAGGGCUGGUGGGGCAAGGGAAAACACCGUGAAAUUCUCCUUUCAGAGAGAAGAUGACCAGAGCGUACUUCACAUACAAGGGCAUCAAAUUCCCCACGGGCCUCUACUCUCCAGAGACCAUAAGCUAUGUCGAGAAGGACUUCAAGGUCAGGGAUGAGGACAUCUUCAUUGUCACCUACCCCAAAUCAGGUACUACUUGGAUGAUUGAGAUUCUGAGCGUAAUACUGAAGGACGGGGAUCCCUCCUGGGCCCGUACAGUCCCCAACUGGGAGCGGGCGCCCUGGUGUGAGACCAUCCCAGGGUCCUUGUCCAUUAUGCAGAUGCCCAACCCUCGCCUCAUCAGCUCCCACCUUCCCAUUCAGCUCUUCCCCCGGGACUUCUUCAACUCCAAAGCCAAGGUGGUCUACAUAAGUCGCAACCCCCGAGAUGUUCUGGUCUCCCUGUACCACUACUCCAAGAUCGCUGGGCACCUCAAGGACCCGGGGACCCUGGACCAAUUCCUGCAAAAUUUUCUCAAUGGAGAAGUACAAUUUGGCUCCUGGUUUGAUCACAUAAAGGGCUGGAUGCGAAUGGAAGGAAAGGACAACUUUUUGUUCAUCACCUAUGAAGAGCUACAAGAGGACCUCCGGGGCUCCGUCCGGCGCGUCUCUGAGUUCGUGGGCCACCCCCUGGAGGAGGCGGCGCUGGACUCCGUGGUGGAGAACACGGAUUUCCGGACCAUGAAGGAGAACACCAUGUGUAAUUACACCUUGCUGCCCUCCGUCAUCCUGGACCAACGCCAGGGGGCCUUCCUGAGGAAAGGGGUGUGUGGAGACUGGAAGAACCACUUCACAGCUUCCCAGAGCGAAGUCUUCGACCAGGCGUACCGAGAGAAGAUGCAGGGGCUGAAGACCAGCUUCCCCUGGGACGAGGACCCUGGGGACACCAGCCCAGCCCUGGCCCCGGGGGCCUGGGACCUGUAACCCCCGGAAAUAAAGACCGCACAGCCCCAAA